AUGCGCCGUUUUCUUACCACAGCUGCCGUAGCGGUUAGCGCCCGGGCGAUAAGUAUUCCGUGGGAAUCGCAGCUCCCUAACAUCAAUGAUCCCCUAUGGCAUUUGAUGGGGCAAGCCGUUACCGAACUCGCCUUGACGUACGACACGGGUAAAGUUGCUUUUGAUGAGUGCUGCUCCGCUCGAGAGCAGCUCGAGUCCAUUGUGCAGUCAAUGGGUUAUGACAUGUCAAUCUACAUUUUUGGUGGUCUUGUCACGUCGGCUCUCUUUGAGGUUGGGGGAGACGUGGACUUUGUUGGAAUUCUCGACAUCGAGCCAGGCUUCGAAGAGGCAGGCGAAAUUGUGCGACGUGCAACGCGUGAGCUGCGCCGCUUAGGUAUUCGCGCACGCGCUUAUCCCAAGGCCCGUGUACCUGUAAUUAAAGCCGAUCGCGUGAGCCGCAGUCUUCCAGGGUCACCUCUUCACAACCUUUCCUGUGAUGGGAUCUUUCAAUUUAGCCGACAACUCCGUGCUUCAGAAGCUGAAACCUUUGAUAAGCGCGUUACCGGCAACUACAACGCCUUGUCUGUGGAGUGGAAUAGCUCCUACCAGUUUGCGACGGUACAGUUUGCCACCACAUCCUCGCUCAUGUACGCCCUCGCAAACCUAAAGGCGCAUAACGAGGUUGAGAUACCGCUUCGGCUUCCCGUGGACGCCCUUCAUGGACCCGAAUUGUAUCGGUUUCCGUUUGACUUCUGCCUUUCUUCGACGGGUUUGCGCAACUCACACCUGCUGGGAGAAGCGCUGCAGCAGCAUCCUUACUCGCGGCAUUUGUUAUUGAUACUUAAAAAGUGGGGCCGCGCCAGCGGAAUCAUAAAUUCUAUCGACGGUCUUCUAGCUAGUUACGCGCUGACGGUGAUGCUGGUCCAUUUCCUGUCGGUAGUGCAGGCAAUUCCAAAAAUCUCUGUCGAAAGAAUUGCCGUGGGGCCCAGCGACCUCAGCCCCAAUCCAAAAUAUCGACCAUUGGCGGCAGCGGCGCCCGAAUCUAUGCCGGAGGUGGGGUACUUAUUUGCGGCAUUUUUCGAGUACUACGGCACGAUUUUUAACUAUGCAGAAAACGUUGUCUGCACAACAAACACAAAACUAACAAAAUCAACGAUGCACUGGGACCAGCCGAACACGGCGGUGGGGAAGCCGCCUUUUUUUCAUUUUGCCAUCAAGGACCCUUACGGACUUGAUAACAUUGCGCGAAACCUUGACCUCCAAUCUGUAAAGUUUGUGCAAGAAACACACCAGAUGGCUUUCGAAUCUGUGUUAGGAGGCACACGCAAUCCUGCGUUUGUUGUGACGACGCUCAUCAAAGAACCUCCAAUGCCUAGUCGCGAGGCACGGUCUCUGAGCGAUCGUGGCAUUUAUUCCCAAACGGUUUCGUCAGAUCAGUUGGAGGCACGUCAUGUUCUGAAUAAGCUUCGUUUUCAUCAACGCAAGCGCUCCAUGGAAGCUCUUGGUGAGCAAGCCGUAAAGAAUUUCAACGAUCAGAACAAGGCCUCCGACGUCACAAGAAAUGUGUUGGGAUGGAUCCGCAAGGACAGCGAUUUGUAA